AUGCACGUUGCUAGCCCUAUUCUGGAUCGGCUGGAUGACCUCGCCAGGAAGCAAAAGGUCCACGUGACAAGGCACGACCUCCUCAUGGCAAUGAUUGCGCAGGCCACUAUUAAAGCGUUCCCAGGCUUGUCUCCUACACCUAUAGGCUUUAUCUACAACUUCAACCAUCAUCUAGAAAAGUCGGCACCACUGCAUAACACUUUCUGGCCAAUAUCAAUUCCCCUGGCGCAGGGAAUUGAGAUGACUCAUGGUGAUGACCAGCUCAUCAUGCUAGCGAUUCAAAUCCGCCAUGCUGUUCGCGCCGCGCGUAGCCCUGAAUGCUUAGAGCUCUUCCGUGAGAGAUAUGAAUCGAUGGGACCCCAACAACCGUUGCAUCCGGCCAAUCUUAACCCAAACCGCCCCAAUAUCCAAGUUUCCUCUUCAGCGCAUCAAGACUGGUAUGAUAUAUCAUUUGGGCCCGGGGUCAAGCCCUACUAUGCAGAUUUCCAUGUACCAGUGAUAGAUCUUUUUGCAUAUCUUGGAUGGGAGUACCAUGACUUGAUUAUUACCACCAAAGACAAAGAAAAAUCUGGGUUCUGCAUUCAUGGCUCACUCCAUAGAGAGGUCUGGCGAUGGCUUGAACAUGUACGUGAUCCUUCAGUUCCAACGCCUUCCCAAAAGGGGUAUGCGCGGCUCUGA